ACACAAUAAGCACUGAAUUGAAUUGAAAAUGGCUUUGAAAUUGAGUCGCGAGGGUACCAUUAGUUUAAUACGGAUGUAUGGAGAAUACGAAUGCCUUUGGAACUGUCGGAAGAAAAUCUAUAAAGAAACGUAUAUGAAAAGAGAAGCGUGGAAAGCUAUAGCCAAUUACUUUGGAACAGAUGUGAAAGAGAUUAAAAAGAAAUUAAAAUAUCUCCGCACCGCUUAUGUUGCUGAGCGACGAAAACUGGAAGAAUCGAAAAGAAAUUCUGUAAACCCAUCGUCAGUUUAUCAACCGAGGUUAUUUUACUAUAAUGACUUUAACUAUUUGGAUAACACGGUUGUUUUGAGAAAGAGGGAACUUUCGGACGAUGAUGGUGAUGCUGGUGACAGAGAAAUUUUACCAAAAGAAGAAGCAAGCGAAGCAUCCUAUGAUGAAUUAAGUAAUGAUACUAAUGAACAAUUGCAUGAAAACGAAUCGUUUUGGGAGAAGUGUGCGCCUGAAGAUUACCUAGAUGAGGACUUUAAAGAACCAGAUGUAAAAAAAAUAAAAGCAAACUCGCAAGAAAAUAACAAUACCAUAACUACUGUGAAUAGUUCUGAACCCAGUUCUAAAAGGAACGAACAAAAACGUAGCCCCGAGACGUCGGCUGGAACAGAUGAUAUGUAUUUAGCUUUUGGUAAAAGCGUUGGAUUGCAAUUAAGAAAUUUAAAGCCUAUUAAUGCCGCUAAGGCUAUGGCGCAAAUACAGGAAACUCUUACAAAAUAUAUAGUUUCGGAAGUGUAAUAAUUUGAAGGAUAAGUUAUUAAAAAUUUUAAUAAAAGUUAAGCUAUUUAUUUUUUU